AUGAAGAGGAAAUACAAACUAAGGAAUUGUCAGGCUUUAACAAGUUUUGUAGAUAAAACCAAGCACAAAGUCAACAAAUACGAGGUCAAAGGCCGAACAGAAAACAGUUUUAGGGAUCCAAAAUGUAGAUACAAUGUCCACCUUCCGGAAGCUUCAUGGCACACGGCAUAUGAUGUAUGCUCUUCGAGUAACAGGACAUUAGCAACUAUUACAUCCCUAAAUGAGAUGUACCUUAUAGAUCUAGUUCUGGAAGAGGUUGAUAAUUUCCUUCAAGAAUAUCCCAGAUUCAGUAUGCAGAUGACUCGUCUUGUUCGAUGGGACGAUUUCCACCGUCUUCACUUAAGCACAGAAGUAGGUUUGUUCCUAUUCAACGCUUUCGACUAUCCGGUAUCAAAGGCUAAGCCGCUCUCAAGUUGGUGUCCAGAAGUGACCAAAGAAGUUAUUCAAGAGAAAAUCGCGAACAUUCAGAAGAAUCUGACAGUCAAUCGAAAAGAAACAAGUCAGUACAUUCGGACUUUGACAAGUGCCCCGGAUGAGAGACGCUCUUCGAAGAACAUCGGAGUCGCAGGCGCAUUUGUAAUUGGUGCAGUGGGUGGUCUUUUUAUCCUCUCUGACUGUAUCAACAUUAUGAAAGGAAUUCAAAAUAGUCGUGUACGCGCCAGCAACCAAUAA